AUGGUGGGGCAGGCGCCACCGAAGAUGGCGGGCGACAGGGGCGCCGCGCGAUCCGCGUGCCUUGCCGACGGCAGUGGCGCCAAAAUUCUUUUUUGUCACUUUGAAUUCUGUUGUCAGAGCGCGUGCAGAGCACGACUACAAAGUUAUUCCCAUCCGGACGAGACCUUAGGGGGCAUAAUUACAUUUGUGCCUAAGAAAGCAGCUAUAUCACCAAAUCGUUCUAAGUAUCUGCGUUCGUCGCUGCUAGAAUAUUCUAUUACUGACACCCAUGAGGUUCACUCAAGGUUACAGUCUGAUGCGGGUUUUUUGUCGCAAUAUUUGGACGAUAACACAACUGCUCCAAUUUUGAAUUCUAUUGUAGAUGAUACUACUAACAAUACAAAUACUGGAUCUGAAAUAAAGAAUUUUUCGUGGACUCAGCGAUCAACAAAAUUGCUUUUGAACAGUUAUUUGGAACGUAAAGAUCGUUUUCGCGAUCCUAAAGUUAAAAAAAAGGUUUUGUGGACCGAAAUUCUUCUAAUUAUGAAGGAAAAUGGUUAUAGUGACUUAAAUGAAGAUCUCCUUGAUAGAAAGAUGCGUAACAUGAAAAAAUCUUAUAAGAAUAUAAAGGAUAAUAAUAAUAAAAAAACUAGCACUGGCCGAGGACGAAUUUCAUGGGAGUACUUCGAUACUUUUGAAGACAUAUUUGCCAAUGACAUGACAAUAAACUACAGUUCAACACUUUCUUCGAUGCAAGGAAAUAAUGAAAUAACCGCAAAUGAAUCUUCUCAAGAUGAUAAUGAACUAAUUGAUCAAAGUCCACUUAGCUGCCCCUCGACAAGAAGUUCCUCUGCAAGUCCUUGUGCUAGUGUAACGCAAAUAUCUGAACCGUUGAGAAAAGCUCGAAUGAGUACGCUACAUAAACUACGACAAAAACAAAUUUCCAUCGAAGAAAAACGCCUCGACACCAUGUUACAACUCAAGUCGUCCAUAGAUCGAAGUAAUCAAAUCCAAGAAGAGAGAAACAAGUUGAUAGAACAAUUCUUACUUUUGAGGAGCAAUCAACAUGAUGAAGGAAAAAAGAAUACAUAAAUGCUACAAGUUUAUAUUUUCAAUAUAGUUCUUGUUAGAAUUAACAUUCAAAAGAUACAUUUAGUUUUUUCAAUAAACAAUUUUCUUUGCUGUUACUUAAUAUACCGUAUUAUCUUGCCUGAAAACGCCCAUUAGUUUUGCGUCAAAUGAAUUCUUAAUAUAAUAUACAGUAUUGUAAUAAAAUAAAUUGAGUUAAUAUGUGAACAUACAA